CAUGCAUAUGUACUAACAUAUGCGAUCAACAGCGCAAUGCGGUGACUGAGGCCCCCCGCGAUACCUGUAUGUAAGGUGGUGUGCGGGGGGUCUCCGUCACCUCCCUGGGCUCUCCUUCUCCUCAGCUGCCGGGAACAAGGCAGCAGGCUCUCCCCGGCGCCGCCUACUCCCCCCCUGCACCCGGAAGGACCUCUGGCUACGUUGCUAGUGGAGGAGGAGUUUACCUUUCGGGUCCAGGCUGCAUGGAGGAAGCCAGAUUGCACCCUGGGAGCUGAUGUGUGUUUGGAAACAUGGAGCAAUCCAGCUCGCCGGACUCUUCCAUAUCCAUCUCUUCCCUCCUGGCCAGCUGCAGCCUGAGCAGCCAUAGUGGCUCCAGCCACUCAGUUGGUUCCAUUAAGUACAAGGACAGACUGUAUGAUUCUGCUUCUAAAGCCUUGGAUGCCUAUAUUGAGGACCACGAGGAAAGCCUUCAUUCUCCCAUUGCCAGCCCUGGAAAGAUCACCAUCCGCCCAUCUCCCCACCAUAGUUCUGCAAAAACUAGAGCAUAUCCCAAGGUUCGUCACAAGCAACCUUCCUCGUCCAGGAGACGAUAUGUUCCCCGUGACCCCGACCUGCUGAGUCUUACCACGGAUGAUCUUCUGUGUUUCCCCUCUGAUGGGACUUUGCCCUUUUCUCAGGCGUCUGAGGAAAAACGUUGGAAAGCCAUAAAAAAACAUUACGGCUCUCAUCUGACAAGUCACACCGCUGCACCCUCGCCAUUUGCUUCCUCAAACAGAGGAGCCACCUUCCAGCCUUACGAACUUCAUGACCACAGUCUUGGCUAUCUGGAUCUUCAGAGUCAUAAGGUCCAUGAUGCCUUUGGCAAACUCAAAAGGAAAUCCAUGGUCAUCUUACCUGAAACAGACACGGAAAACAAUCAUGCACUUUACAGCAACCUUAAUUCCCCAUAUUUACCAAACCGAUCUACUUUGUGUAAAAGCUAUCCACGCUGGUUAACCAGCCAGAAGUCUGAACUAGGGGUGUCAGGGAUCACCAGUAUUCCAGAUGUAAAGUAUCCAGUCUGGUUAAGAGACCAUGGCCUUCUGGAUGGGACAGAUAGCCGGAUUCCAAGUAGAAAAUGUAUGUCCCCUGAGAAUAGUUCCAUACCACGGACAUUAAAUUAUCUGCAUGGUUCCUCUUCUCUGGGUUGGCAGGACCUUGUACGGACACCGUUCCAUGACCUGUGUAUUGAUGAGAGAGGUUACAAUAUGGUUCAUUCAGGAAGAUGCAUGGAUGGAAAAAAGAAUUCUCUGCAUUCCGGUUUUGAGACUAUAAAACAUUGGCAUACACCGCUGAAAAGUCACCCCAAUGAUUUGCCUGAUCAGAAUCUAGAACAAGCAGUUGAAGUCUCAAAGAAAGACUCGUCACAACUUCCUCAUAAUAACGGGAGUCCCCGGACUGAAGACGUGCUCGAGGCAGAGCGAUCGUGGGAAAAUAUCCCGUAUUCAUUCAAAUCUCCCGUUCCUGUACUUGAUGAAGAAAAUAGAGCACCCUUAAAAUCAAGUCUCGUGGAAGAUUUCCUUAAUGAUUGUGCUAAAAAAGAGAAUAAAGCAACUACUUUCUCUGGAGGAAAUCAUCACGGACCAGUAGAGGCGCUGAAACACAUGCUAUUCAAUCUGCAAGCCUUCCACCAAAACUUCAACCAGGAGAAAACCCCAGAGAAGAUGGACGAGAAAGUUUCUACUGAAGUCAAAACUGAAAUACAGUUGGUUGACCAAGAGACAUUUCCAGUGAAUAAGUCUUUAAAAAAAGCUCUCCACCAUUUGUCAAGACUCAAAGAGCUGGUAGGAGACCAAAACGUGAAGCCAAAUCAGGAAAAUAAUCAAGAGAUAGAAGUUUAGUUUUAAUGAUGAAAAUUUUUUUUUAAUCACAUUUUUAUAUUUGUUACAGAGGUUUUAAAUAUUUUCACAGUGUUUGUGCAAAAGUCCUGAGCUUUAAUAUUAAUGAAAUGUAUGUAUUAAUCUUUAUAUUCAUAAAUGUAUAUAUAUUAUGUCAAGUGCCAUAUUAAACAGUGUUUUACCAGCCCGGAUAAAACGGACAA